AACAUGAAUUUUAAUAGUACAUGGUACCUUUCAGUCUACUGUGAGGUUCAGUUGGGGUAUAUUGACAGGGGUCCGUAAAUCCCAACUCAUCCGGUAAAAGGCACGUUUUGCGUCUUCGGUGUCUUUGGGAAGACAAUGGCUCGCGCCAGGAUAUAUCGGGAGUCAUUGCUCGUGAUUUUAUUGGAAAUAGUCCUUAUUUGCUCCGCUCAGAGGGGCCCGGUUGGUAUCAGAGGCCCCGCAGGACCCCCUGGUAUAGCAGGCGUGCCUGGAGUCGACGGCAUUGAUGGAGACAGAGGGGAUGAUAACUUCAUAGAAGGCGGCCCUGGUCCUGAUGGGGAAGAUGGCAAACCAGGAACUCCCGGACUUGCCGGCCUACCAGGGGCAGACGGUGCCACUGGACCUGUUGGGGAUCUCGGCCCAGAUGGGCCUCCUGGACCAAAAGGUGAAUCUGGAGAGGCUGGGGAAGUCGGGGAGAUUGGCGAGGGACCUGAUGGGACUGAUGGAGCAGCUGGUGCACAAGGGUUGGUGGGCGAGCUUGGCAAAGUUGGUACCCCGGGAUCACAGGGCAGGAAGGGGCCAGUUGGGCUUCCCGGACCUGCAGGGCCCAGGGGUCUUCCUGGCGUGUAUAAGGGGGAAGACCUGUGUCCCAAUGCCUGUCCUUCUGGUCUUAACGGAUAUUCUGGCCUCCCAGGCAUGAAGGGCCACAAAGGGGUAAAAGGAGAGUCUGGUGAGCCUGGAAAGCAAGGACACAAGGGAGAAGAAGGAGACCAGGCAGGAGAGGGCGAGAUGGGAGCUCAAGGGCUACCAGGCCAAGGGGGGCCCAGGGGAAUAACAGGCAUAAUGGGCCUCAAAGGUGACAGGGGACCACGUGGAACGUUUGGAGACCUUGGUCCCCAGGGAAUUCAGGGUGGCUCAGGUGACGUGGGCCAAAGAGGAGUAGUGGGCGAGACUGGACCAAACGGUGGUCAAGGGGCCCGAGGUCCACAAGGAAUAAGGGGCCUUCCAGGGGGGAAAGGGGAGCCUGGUCUAGCUGGGCCCGAUGGACGUGAAGGAAUUCCCGGAUUGCCAGCAUCUAAGGGUAUUACUGGGAAAGUUGGCAGUCCAGGUGAUACUGGGCUCCAAGGACUUCCUGGUUUGCCAGGCGCUUAUGGCCCAAAAGGACAAAGUGGCGAAAUGGGUAACUCUGGCGACCCAGGUUCUGUAGGACUAAUGGGGUCUCCUGGGAAAUCAGGGGAACGUGGUGAGCAGGGAGAAGUAGGACCUGUCGGAGCAAGAGGUGGACCAGGUGAAAGAGGAGUGCGUGGCCCAGACGGACCUGCAGGGGCACCAGGACCCAGGGGAGGUAAAGGGGAUCUCGGGCUUCUUGGUCUGCCUGGCCCUGCCGGCCUGCUUGGACAGAAUGGAGACAGGGGUGCAGUCGGUUUGACCGGUGCUCAAGGAGAACAAGGAGAAGCGGGUUCAGAGGGCACCGCGGGAGACAGAGGGGACUUUGGUGACCAAGGGGAGCCAGGAGAGAAAGGAUCGACGGGCAGACCAGGAGAGACUGGAAACAAAGGGCCGGAGGGCGGCCGGGGCAUACCAGGCCCAGAGGGCAAGCCGGGCCAACCUGGACCACGUGGCAUGCAGGGGGACAGAGGGGUGCCAGGACUGCCAGGGACACAGGGGCCAGCGGGGAAAAAACCAAGCGAUACACACAUCACACAAGUUUGCAUGAGGGUAAUGCAAGAGCAGCUAGCCCAGCUAGCAGCCAGCCUGAGGAGGCCUGAAGCAGGCAUCUCUGGACUGCCAGGUCCCCCUGGCCCCCCUGGUCCUGCAGGCCCCUCCGGAGAGAACGGCUACCCAGGACUGGACGGAGCCAGAGGACUGCCAGGUCUCAAAGGACCUCCAGGACUACUGGGUCGCAAAGGGCUCAAAGGUGACACGGGCGACAGAGGAGACAGAGGACCCACAGCAAGAGGGGUUAAAGGAGAACCUGGAGCACCCGGUCUACCAGGUGAUCACGGUAGAGCCGCCUAUGGCACAGACGGCCGCGACGGCGAGAGAGGGCCACGCGGCGUUCCCGGUACUCCCGGCAUUCCAGGGCCUCCUGGUCGUCCUGGCCUCAACGGCUACUGCGAGUCGUCACAAUGCAUCCUUCCUAUGGUGGCGUCACCGAUAUCGGCAAAAGAUUCCGGCAUGAAAGGGCCAAAUGAGGAAUAAGAUGUGAGUCGGAGACCCAACGGGUCCCUGAACUGAGGGGCCACAAGGGCCCAAACUAUUAAGAGACUAGUGAAGGAACUAACUAACGCGCCACGGAAGAUCAGGGUUGGGGUCAAUUCCAUUUCAUUUCAGUCAAUUCAGGAAGUAUGAAAUUCUAAUCCAAAAAUGUUUCUCAUUGAAAAGCAGGAAAAUGGAAUAGAAUUGGAAUUUCAGUUAACUUCCUGAUUUGAAUUAAUUCAAAUUGAAAUGAGAAGAAAAUGUACCCCCAACCCCGUGGAAAAAACAUUACUUUGUCUGAUGUGUUUUUACUGUUUGUUUGUAUUUUGUUCUAUUGUUUUGUUAUACCCUUCUAAAAUACAUUUCAGUACCCCUUAACCUCAGCUCUAGCCUUUGCCAUCUUUGCACUGUAAAAUAAAAGGACCAUUACAUUUUUUGGGCAAACUAAUUGUGAUUUUAUUGGGUACAGUAGGCUUUGUGUUUUGUUAAAUAUGAACCAAGUUAAAACAAAAACAGACCAGACUAACUGUGCUUUAAGCGACAAUGUGCCAACCAUUUUUAAUUC